AUGUGUAGAAUUGUGUUUUUCCUGGAGACCCCGGAGACCAUGACGUCAGUUUCGGACUGCUGCUAUGUCCCGUGUGUUGAAUCAAUUGUGAAUUUCUUGACUGUGCUCGUGUUCUUCAGGUGUGAGCGUGGCUCUAAAGUGUUGACUGUGCUCGUGUUCUUCAGGUGUGAGCGUGGCUCUAAAGUGUUGACUGUGCUCGUGUUCUUCAGGUGUGAGCGUGGAUCUAAAGUGUUGACUGUGCUCGUGUUCUUCAGGUGUGAGCGUGGCUCUAAAGUGUUGACUGUGCUCGUGUUCUUCAGGUGUGAGCGUGACGCUAAAGUGUUGACUGUGCUCGUGUUCUUCAGGUGUGAGCGUGGCUCUAAAGUGUUGUCUGUGCUCGUGUUCUUCAGGUGUGAGCGUGGCUCUAAAGUGUUGUCUGUGCUCGUGUUCUUCAGGUGUGAGCGUGGCUCUAAAGUGUUGACUGUGCUCGUGUUCUUCAGGUGUGAGCGUGGCUCUAAAGUGUUGACUGUGCUCGUGUUCUUCAGGUGUGAGCGUGGAUCUAAAGUGUUGACUGUGCUCGUGUUCUUCAGGUGUGAGCGUGGAUCUAAAGUGUUGUCUGUGCUCGUGUUCUUCAGGUGUGAGCGUGACGCUAAAGUGUUGACUGUGCUCGUGUUCUUCAGGUGUGAGCGUGGAUCUAAAGUGUUGUCUGUGCUCGUGUUCUUCAGGUGUGAGCGUGGAUCUAAAGUGUUGUCUGUGCUCGUGUUCUUCAGGUGUGAGCGUGACGCUAAAGUGUUGACUGUGCUCGUGUUCUUCAGGUGUGAGCGUGGAUCUAAAGUGUUGUCUGUGCUCGUGUUCUUCAGGUGUGAGCGUGACGCUAAAGUGUUGACUGUGCUCGUGUUCUUCAGGUGUGAGCGUGACGCUAAAGUGUUGACUGUGCUCGUGUUCUUCAGGUGUGAGCGUGGAUCUAAAGUGUUGACUGUGCUCGUGUUCUUCAGGUGUGAGCGUGGAUCUAAAGUGUUGUCUGUGCUCGUGUUCUUCAGGUGUGAGCGUGACGCUAAAGUGUUGACUGUGCUCGUGUUCUUCAGGUGUGAGCGUGGAUCUAAAGUGUUGUCUGUGCUCGUGUUCUUCAGGUGUGAGCGUGACGCUAAAGUGUUGACUGUGCUCGUGUUCUUCAGGUGUGAGCGUGACGCUAAAGUGUUGACUGUGCUCGUGUUCUUCAGGUGUGAGCGUGGAUCUAAAGUGUUGUCUGUGCUCGUGUUCUUCAGGUGUGAGCGUGGAUCUAAAGUGUUGUCUGUGCUCGUGUUCUUCAGGUGUGAGCGUGACGCUAAAGUGUUGACUGUGCUCGUGUUCUUCAGGUGUGAGCGUGACGCUAAAGUGUUGACUGUGCUCGUGUUCUUCAGGUGUGAGAGUGACUCUAAAGUGUUGACUGUGCUCGUGUUCUUCAGGUGUGAGCGUGGAUCUAAAGUGUUGACUGUGCUCGUGUUCUUCAGGUGUGAGCGUGGAUCUAAAGUGUUGUCUGUGCUCGUGUUCUUCAGGUGUGAGAGUGACUCUAAAGUGUUGACUGUGCUCGUGUUCUUCAGGUGUGAGCGUGGAUCUAAAGUGUUGACUGUGCUCGUGUUCUUCAGGUGUGAGCGUGGCUCUAAAGUGUUGACUGUGCUCGUGUUCUUCAGGUGUGAGCGUGGCUCUAAAGUGUUGACUGUGCUCGUGUUCUUCAGGUGUGAGCGUGGAUCUAAAGUGUUGACUGUGCUCGUGUUCUUCAGGUGUGAGCGUGGAUCUAAAGUGUUGACUGUGCUCGUGUUCUUCAGGUGUGAGCGUGGAUCUAAAGUGUUGACUGUGCUCGUGUUCUUCAGGUGUGAGCGUGGAUCUAAAGUGUUGACUGUGCUCGUGUUCUUCAGGUGUGAGCGUGGAUCUAAAGUGUUGACUGUGCUCGUGUUCUUCAGGUGUGAGCGUGGAUCUAAAGUGUUGACUGUGCUCGUGUUCUUCAGGUGUGAGCGUGGAUCUAAAGUGUUGACUGUGCUCGUGUUCUUCAGGUGUGAGCGUGGAUCUAAAGUGUUGACUGUGCUCGUGUUCUUCAGGUGUGAGCGUGGAUCUAAAGUGUUGACUGUGCUCGUGUUCUUCAGGUGUGAGCGUGGAUCUAAAGUGUUGACUGUGCUCGUGUUCUUCAGGUGUGAGCGUGGAUCUAAAGUGUUGACUGUGCUCGUGUUCUUCAGGUGUGAGCGUGGAUCUAAAGUGUUGACUGUGCUCGUGUUCUUCAGGUGUGAGCGUGGAUCUAAAGUGUUGACUGUGCUCGUGUUCUUCAGGUGUGAGCGUGGAUCUAAAGUGUUGACUGUGCUCGUGUUCUUCAGGUGUGAGCGUGGAUCUAAAGUGUUGACUGUGCUCGUGUUCUUCAGGUGUGAGCGUGACUCUAAAGUGUUGACUGUGCUCGUGUUCUUCAGGUGUGAGCGUGGAUCUAAAGUGUUGACUGUGCUCGUGUUCUUCAGGUGUGAGCGUGGAUCUAAAGUGUUGUCUGUGCUCGUGUUCUUCAGGUGUGAGAGUGACUCUAAAGUGUUGACUGUGCUCGUGUUCUUCAGGUGUGAGCGUGGAUCUAAAGUGUUGACUGUGCUCGUGUUCUUCAGGUGUGAGCGUGGAUCUAAAGUGUUGACUGUGCUCGUGUUCUUCAGGUGUGAGCGUGGAUCUAAAGUGUUGACUGUGCUCGUGUUCUUCAGGUGUGAGCGUGGAUCUAAAGUGUUGACUGUGCUCGUGUUCUUCAGGUGUGAGCGUGGAUCUAAAGUGUUGACUGUGCUCGUGUUCUUCAGGUGUGAGCGUGGAUCUAAAGUGUUGACUGUGCUCGUGUUCUUCAGGUGUGAGCGUGGAUCUAAAGUGUUGACUGUGCUCGUGUUCUUCAGGUGUGAGCGUGGAUCUAAAGUGUUGACUGUGCUCGUGUUCUUCAGGUGUGAGCGUGGAUCUAAAGUGUUGACUGUGCUCGUGUUCUUCAGGUGUGAGCGUGGAUCUAAAGUGUUGACUGUGCUCGUGUUCUUCAGGUGUGAGCGUGGAUCUAAAGUGUUGACUGUGCUCGUGUUCUUCAGGUGUGAGCGUGGAUCUAAAGUGUUGACUGUGCUCGUGUUCUUCAGGUGUGAGCGUGGAUCUAAAGUGUUGACUGUGCUCGUGUUCUUCAGGUGUGAGCGUGGAUCUAAAGUGUUGACUGUGCUCGUGUUCUUCAGGUGUGAGCGUGGAUCUAAAGUGUUGACUGUGCUCGUGUUCUUCAGGUGUGAGCGUGGAUCUAAAGUGUUGACUGUGCUCGUGUUCUUCAGGUGUGAGCGUGGAUCUAAAGUGUUGACUGUGCUCGUGUUCUUCAGGUGUGAGCGUGGAUCUAAAGUGUUGACUGUGCUCGUGUUCUUCAGGUGUGAGCGUGGAUCUAAAGUGUUGACUGUGCUCGUGUUCUUCAGGUGUGAGCGUGGAUCUAAAGUGUUGACUGUGCUCGUGUUCUUCAGGUGUGAGCGUGGAUCUAAAGUGUUGACUGUGCUCGUGUUCUUCAGGUGUGAGCGUGGAUCUAAAGUGUUGACUGUGCUCGUGUUCUUCAGGUGUGAGCGUGGAUCUAAAGUGUUGACUGUGCUCGUGUUCUUCAGGUGUGAGCGUGGAUCUAAAGUGUUGACUGUGCUCGUGUUCUUCAGGUGUGAGCGUGGAUCUAAAGUGUUGACUGUGCUCGUGUUCUUCAGGUGUGAGCGUGGAUCUAAAGUGUUGACUGUGCUCGUGUUCUUCAGGUGUGAGCGUGACGCUAAAGUGUUGACUGUGCUCGUGUUCUUCAGGUGUGAGCGUGGAUCAUGAGGAGCAGAAAGCAGGGCUGGUUCGAGGAUUCAAUCACCCAUGUGGCUGGUUCUGUGUGCCGGCGCAGGACUCGGAGCUCAGUGUACUGACCGGAUACAUCCAGACGGAUCUGAGGGGAAUGCUGCCGCAGGCGGCGGUGGACACAG